CUUGUAUCUGAAGUAGUAACGAUUCGAGUACACACGUAAAGUGGUGUUCGUUGAAUGGUUAUUAUUGAUAUGAUUUUAUCGCUAAUACAACCGAUCGGGGACGACGGCAACGACCCAGCGCUAUAAAACCAACUUGGCUCCCCCAAACUCAUAUGUAUGCAACCAUAUGUGGAACAUUAAGAUUGAGCCAGCUCCACCUUAGCCCAGACCAGUGAGUCGUCGAUCCGAGAUACCAAACGAACUUCCAUCAACCCAGUACGAGUCGAGGCAGCAGUAGUCCAUGAUCAAAUGCGGGUGUGCUUCCUCCGAUCGCGCAUAGUGAGUGAUUCGCGAAUGUGAAGUGAUCUUCCAAGUGAGUCAUACAACCGCGAAAUUGAAUUCCUGGAAGCUCGUGAGCUCAUAGUGCGCCCAGAAAUUCCUCAAUGCACUAUCUGAAACGCUAAUUGAAAUCCGCUGAUCGAUCGGCAAUGCCAGAAAGUAUCUGAGGAAUUCGUGAGGAAAGUGAUCGUGUGCGGGAAAGUGGGUACUGCAUGCGCCAACGGAUCGGGGUGCCCGAGCUGAUCUUCCCUGUACCAGCGAGCGAUGCUAACAACGGUUAUCUUCUGACUGUUAUCUAAUUAUUGCACUUUUCUUAAUUGUAGUUUAGUGAUCAGUGAUCGUGCAGCUUCCAACCGCUUAUCUUACCGCUACGAGCGAGCAACAAUAGAUUGUGUUGUUGUCGUGGGACGCGCGAUACUAGGUGUUUACCAGCGAUCAUUGUCUUCUAUCUGACGCGGCAGGAAAUCUGAUAAAACAUGGAACGUCGUGGGCGGAUUCCUGUUGCGACUUAUAGAACGCCGGAAGGGAAAACUCGAAGCAGAAGUCGCGUACGUGAUCCGAAUUACAACAAAUCCGAUCCGGAGACAGACCUUUUCACAUUGUUAGAAGAUAAUAUUGCACUUAGGGAAGAGAAUGAAUUGUUACAGCAGAAGAAUAAUAAAUUUGAAGAGGAAAAGGAGAAAAUGGAAAAGGAAACCACAACAUUAAAGAAUCGUAUCAAAGAGUUGGAGGGUCAACACGAAAUGCUUAAAUCACAAAUGGUUGAAAUCAAUUUAACACUGAACAAAACCAUUGAAGAGAAAAUGCUCAUCAAAUCGACACAACAACAAAGUGCAGACAAAGUUAAAAAACUCACCAAACAAAUCGAAGAACUGAGAAGCUCACAAUUUGACGUCAGUGAAAUAAUUGCCGCCAACAAGCUCCUGAAGGAAGAAAUCUGCAAAUUAGUACCAGCCGCCAACACAAACGAAUUUGAAAGUCUCAUUGAUACUCAAAAAGAUACAUCCCAUCUCGUCGCCAUUGAAUGUAUACAGAAGCUCAUCGCUGAAUUUACUCAAAACAAAACAAAUUUAAAUAACGUCGAGUUACAUCUCUACGAAGCAAACGAGAAGAUCUCAGAACUCCUGGAAAAUCAAACUCAUCUCGAGGAGGAGAUUGAACAACUUCGAACCGAGAAUACAAAUUUAACCAGAGUCGCGGAACUGAUGACAACGAAUAUGAGGGAAAGCGUUACAACAAGCAAAAAAAUGGAAGAAGCUCUUAUCGAAAUGAAACGACGUAAUGACGAAUUAACGAAAUUCACAUCAGACUCCUUGGAUGGGGGAGCAAGGAAUGGCGAGCCCACGCGAAAAAUCACAACAGCCACAAUAACACCCAUCAAUAAUGCACCAAUAACGCCUACAUCGCCCAAUGUGGAAAUCACCCGAUUGAGGGAGGAAUUAAAUAGGAGAGAGCUUGCCCACGGGGAGAGAAUCGUUGAAAUGAAAAAACUUAUGGAUGCGGCUAUAGAAAACUCUAGCAAUGAAGAGAUUCGUACGUUACGUUUGAAAGUGGAGAUGUUAGAAAAGGACUUAACAGUUGCAUUGGAACGAGCCGAACUUGCUGAGGCGAAGCUAGCCGAAACUGAAAAGAAUCCACAUGCUAGUCUACCGAAUCUAAGUGAUAGGAGUAGGGAUAAUUGUUUAGGAGGGGAUGAAUCCUAUCAAUCAACACGGUCGUUAUAUAACAGCGGCACGACUUUAAAAUCGUCAGUAUCUCUCGUGAUAUCAUCAACAGGAACGACAAUGGAAGCAGCACAAACUGCACCUGCCCUUGCGUGUGCGCCCCCACCACCACCACCGCCACCCCCACCACCGCCACCACCUAUGCCUCAAUUACAUUUCCCCGCCCCGACAAUGAAAAAUUCAAAAGGUGCGCGAGGCCUUAACGACGGUAUCGCUACACAUACCCUUAAAACGGAGGGCAAUGGCAGUGGGGGUGGGGGUAGCAUGAAACGAAAGCAACAAGUUGAGUCAACAGGUCUUGACGCUCUAGUCAAAGAGCUAAAAGAUGGUAACGUGACCCUCCGCCGUGCUCGACGACGAACACAAACGAAUGCUGCCCUCAAGGAACUUUUUGAUGUCCUGGAACAAAGCCGUAAACAAAAUCGUGAUUCAAAAAUUUUCAUAGAAAAUCAUAUGACAGAUAUAAAUUUCCAACAACCGAAUUUUUAAUGAUAUUGUAUUAUCGAAAGGAAUAGCUUAAAAUUUUAAUUCAGUUAUUAACGAGAUAAUGUUAUAAUUAUUAAUAUUUUUUUUUUACAUUUUGUAAAAUAUUAUCAUUUAGGGUUUAAUUAAAACUCGUUCAGAAAUA